CACGCAACAACUAUUAAAGAUUCCCAAAAAAAGAAAGAAAAAACAUACUGUAGUCUAUAAAUACACACAAAUAUCACACUAUAUUCAAAACACAAAUCACAAAGCAAAAACAAAAAAUGAAGAUCUUGUCACGACCAACGUUCAUUUCCAUACUCUAUGUUAUCUAUCUUAUCACAAUCCCACCAGUCUCCUCAUCAUCACCGGCAUUAACCGUGCCACAACAUUUCCUCCAAUGUCUCGACACUCAGCCGGCCGACCACGGCAGUCCUAACUCCGCAACCGCCGUGAUUCCCACAAACUCAUCCUUCUCCGCAAACCUAAUGAGCGCCGUCAGAAACCUCCGUUUCGCCUCUGCCUCCAACAGAAAACCCGAAGCCAUCGUCGCCGCCGUCACCGAGACCCACAUCAGAGCCACAAUCUCCUGCUGCAAACUCCUCAACCUCGAGCUCAGAGUCCGUAGCGGCGGCCACGACUACGAAGGCUUCUCCUACACCUCUCCCGUCCCGUUCGUGAUCCUAGACAUGUACAACUUCCACAAGAUCGACAUCAACAUAGCCGACGAGACCGCGUGGGUCCAAGCCGGAGCCUCGCUCGGGGAGGUUUACUACAACAUUGCGAGAAAAAGCAACGUCCACGCGUUUCCCGCCGGAGUGUGUCCCAAAGUCGGCGCCGGGGGGCAUUUCAGCGGAGGAGGGUUCGGGAACCUCAUGAGGAAGUACGGUUUGUCGAUAGACCAUAUCAUCGACGCGCAGAUAAUGGACGCGAACGGGAAAGUCUACCGGGACAGACGUUCGAUGGGAGAAGACGUGUUUUGGGCGAUACGCGGUGGAGGCGGUGGGAGCUACGGUGUGAUUCUUGCGUGGAAGCUUAAGCUCGUUAGGGUUCCGGAGAGAGUCACCGUUUUUAAACUCGAGAGGACGGUGAGAGAAGGAGCCGUUGACUUGGUUCACAAGUGGCAGGAAGUGGCUCCGGUUAUCGAUAGAGAUUUAUUUAUCCGGUUAGAGAUUAAACCGAUAAACCAGAAAACGUCUAAAGGGAAGACUAUCAAAGUCUCCUUCAUAGGGAUGUUUCUCGGUACGCCGGAGAGACUCUUAAACAUAACGAAAAAGAGCUUUCCGGAGCUACACUUGACGACGUCGGAUUGCAUGGUGAAGAAGUGGAUAGACACGGUGGUCUUCUGGGCGAACUACCCUGAAAAGGCACCGAUAGAGAUUCUCCUCAAGAGGAUCUCAGCGAACGAGUACUACUGGAAACGUACUUCAGACUUUGUUCAAACUCCUAUCUCAAAGGAGGGUCUGGCGAAGAUCUUCCAGACGAUGAUCGACCACUCGCCGCUCCCGCGGCGAGUUUGGAUGCAGUGGAACCCGUGGGGAGGGAGAAUGGGUGAGAUUCCCUCUGACGCGACGGCGUUUGUUCACAGAGGAGGUAACUUGUUCAUGAUAGAGCAUUUCAUGAACUGGUAUAGACCUGGAGAUGAGCUUGAGGAGAAGUUCUUGGCGAUAGCGAGAAGCUUUAAAGAAGCGAUGGCUCCUUAUGUUUCAAAGAACCCAAGAGAGGCUUUCUUUAAUUACAGAGACGUUGAUAUUGGUAUCACGGUGCCGGGAUAUAAUGCGACGUACGAAGGAGCUAAGGUUUACGGGGAGAAGUAUUUCAAAGGGAAUUAUUUGAGGUUGGUUAAGAUUAAAGCCCGGUUCGACCGGACUAACUUUUUCCGGUCUCAGCAAGGGAUUCCGGUUCUUGCUUAGUUCCGGAUUUGGGACUGGGGGAAUAUCAUAAGAAAUAAAAGAUGAAAUUGGGACUGGAUUUGUGUUAUUUCCGUGGUCAACGUGUGUUGUUAAACUGUGAUUUAUUUUAGUCUCUAGGAUAAGUCAUCGUUGUAACUUCAGUCUAUAAUAAAUGGAAUGUGAACAAAACUUAGCUUCACCCCCUAAGGUGAACCUCUA